AAGCUUUUUAUUGUCGUCCUUCUUCCCGUUGAGCUAGCUAGUCGGUUUCGGUCAACCGCUACACCUGCCCACCGUUACUGAUAUUUAUCCUCCAACAAGUACUCACAACAUGGAUGAUUUUGACAUGCUGAACGCGCCCGCGGCUGGAAACGGUGUAGGCUCGGAAGAGGACCCCGCUGCCGCGUUCUUGGCCCAGCAGGAGAGCGAAAUCGCGGGGAUUGAAAACGACGAAGGCUUCAGCAUCCUGGACAGCGGAGAGGUCCCUUCGUCGCUGGUAGACUCCUCCAACGAUGGCGCUGUCAAUGGAGAGAUUCAUGUGGAAAGCAAUGGUCCAUCUGACGCCUAUGCAGCAAUUUCCAGUGCAGACCGGCUGCAGGCUGAACCUGAAAGCCUACGCAAGUGGAGGGAAGAGCAACGCGAACGGCUGGAGGUGCUAGAUGAAAACUCUCGCAAGCAGGAGUCAGAGUGGAAGGAGAAAGCCAAGGUGGAGCUGGAAGAGUGGCAUGCCAGGCAGAACGAGCAGCUGGAGAAAACCAAAACCAACAACAGGGUGCUGGAUGAAGACUUCUACAAGCAGCCCUUCUCUGAGCUCAUUGGUUAUGUCACACACAUUAACCAUCCUUGCUACCGCCUAGACCAGGCGGCUGAGGAGGCCAUGAUUUCGGACCUGGAUGAAAAUGACCCUGGCACGGAGUGGGAGCGGGUGGCUCGGCUCUGCGACUUCAACCCCAAGUCCAGCAAGCAAGCCAAAGACGUGUCUCGCAUGCGCUCCGUCCUCAUCUCCCUGAAGCAGUCCCCGCUAGUCCGCUAAGCAGCCAAGGCUGCUCAGGGCGUCAUUCCAUGUCAUCCUCUCUCACCACACACCAACCAACCCAAAUGACCACAGUCUCUAUUCUAAAGACAAGGGGCUUACAUCCCUUCUGCAUAUCUGUUUGCCCCACCCCCUGCCCCUCCCUCCCUCCCUAGUGGAAGGAUAUAGCCAGUGGUCCUGACCUCAUCUAUCUCCACCUGGCAGGUCUGUAGAGAUUAUAGCCUUAAAGCACCAGCUCACCAUUUCUUGCCCCCUCAAAGAUUUUCAUCUGUGUGCAUAUCUUCCUCAGACCAAUCAACACCUUGUUAUUCAUCUUCCUCAUUGUUUUACACACUAAGAUCAAGGCCUGUUAGAUUGACACCAGGUCUGUGGUGUUGUGUAAAACUUGUGUAAGGGUGGUGAGUUGGGACACUAAAAGGGAAGGGCUGAUGUUUGUUUGGGCCUCCAGCUACACUACAACCUGCUUC